UCACCGUCCAAAUGCAAAGGUUUGCCAUGUGCCGAUGAACAAGCACAUGAAAGAAUAGGACCCAAAUUCAAGCUUGGAAUCUAGAGAGCUUAAUCGAGAACUCCCUCGAUGGAGUUCAGUAAAAUCGAUUGUCUUGUUGGAGUAACUAAAGCGAAUGACAUCAGAGUCUGUAUUGUGGCAUUCACAUAGAGAUGUGGGUUUAAAGGUGGAAUGUAUAAUUUCUUCCUGCCUGUGAAUGCGACGGGAUUCGAUCGCCCGACCCCGAUUCGAUUGAACAUUUUACGUGCAAAAUCGCAUACUGUUUAAUGUUCUUGGCCUCGUAGUGGGGCGAGCGGAGGGUUUUGUUCGAACCCUACCUACACAGACAAGUUUCAAAGGAGGAACUCGUUGUGACUGUCGUCGUGACUAGAAGUUACGUUCGUGUUUUGAUUCUGGGCGAGACGAUUCCAGCUUUUGUGUUGCCGCAUGGUGGUACUCUUCUUGUGCAUGGGACUCGUACUUUGAGCAUUUGGGCACCACGUGGUCGAAAGAUGUUCCUCUGUUUCCGAAUUUUGAGGACGCUCACCACUCGGCAAUUUGACUGUGGGCUGGCGAAGCGCGAUACCAAGCUUCAGAAAUCUAAUACGAACAUAACCGCACAUUUGACAGGCGUAUUGUCCCAGGCAGGGCUCGUGGAAUUGGCGUCGCAGUAAGUUUUGUAUCUCGCAGGGGCCUCCAAAUUGCAGUAUCCACUGGAGUGGCUGAGAAAUGUGGAAAACUGGUGCUUGUUCGCCUCAGCGUAACGUGAGAAGGCGAGAACACCGUGGUCAGCUUUGGUUGUGUGUUACAGGCUCGUUUUGUACGUCGUCUCUUCUUAUUUGUGUCGAAUUUGUCGCGGAACUGCAAGCAGGAAGGCGUAAUUGAUUGUCGUUUAGAGAUGGUGACCCCCGGCGUUGAGAUUUGUUUCAUGUCUCGGAAAGAAAGACCUAGUGCACUGUAUAGGCAAUGAUGGUUCGAUGAGGCAAAACGUGACGCCCAGAUGGGCGAAAGAUAGAAAGAACCAGGAAAGAAUUCUGGCGUUAAUGUUGUGCGAAAUUUGAUGAGGAAAACAAGCGAGGUACUUUUGUAUUAUGUCUUUCUUCCUUGCGAGAAAUUACGAUCAGAUCCUCAAAUAUGGGAAUCUGCUGUACCCGAAUCAUGUACACACUCGAGAAAACGACCGUGAUUUAGGACAAUGUCCACAGCUGAUCAGGGUAAAGUACAUAAUAGGCCUCCAUAAUUCUUGAUAUAUCCCCGCAUCCUACGCCAACACGAAUUUCGGCUAUCUUCACGACCACUGAGAGCAGCAGUGGUUGAAACCGGAAGUGGUUUCCAAACAGUUGUGAAGAUAAACUCUUGGGAAGGUCAUGCCCUUGCAUUUUCUCGUUGUUGGUGCAUGCGCAUCCAUUCUAAGAGAUGGAGAGUGGAGUGGGCAAUUGUAGUGGAAAAGGCGGUGCUAGUGGCCCUGCCCUACCCCUAAUUAUUUUCAACUGCUGUAAGCGAGAAUCACACACGCCCAAUCAAGGGUUUAAGCAUAUGGUGAGGAGAUUCAGAGGCUCCUACAGAACUUUAUCGUAAGUAAGACGGCAUUUGAAGAUUCAGUUUGUUCAAGCUUAUCCUUUCAUGCAUAAGCAACAGUACCAAUUUAUCAUCACCGAAAGUCCACUCUGUUAUUAUUCAUAUACAGUAGACAUAUCAACAAAAAGGCCUCCAACUGCGCAUUGUUACUCUUGUAAUUCUUCAGGGCUUGUAAUAGAGUGCAAAAUAGACUUCAGCUACCUCAAAUUAGAUCAUGAGAUGCAAAUACUUCAGGGACAUCCGCUGUGCAGAAACAAGGAAGAAAUUUCACUUCAGGUUUUCAACGAUGGAGUUCUCAUUAUCUUUGGCUGUCCAAAAGAGAAAUUUACUCCGGAUGAGGUGGAGGCCAUAUGGGGAUAUGUUCGUGGUGGGGGCUGCUUGCUUUUCUUAAGCUCUUCAGGGGGUGAUGGCCACCAGAAAACUAACGUCAAUGAUAUCAUUCAGGAGUAUGGGAUCACCAUCAACUCGGACUGCCUUAUAAGGACAGCACAGGAGAAGUACCUGCAUCCAAAGGAGGUGUAUUUGACCGAUUCUUGUUUGUGCAAGGAACUCAACAAUUUUGGUAAGAGCGGAGUGAAGAGGGUCGAAGAGACUCCUCACAGCAGCCCGGAUAGUAACAGGAUGAACUUGCAAGACUUCGAUAAUAGAGGCGGGGAUAAAGACUUCCACUUGGUAUAUCCUCAUGGACCCACUUUAACAGUCCAAGCACCAGCUGCGGCCAUCCUAUCAUCAGGGAUGAUAGCCUAUCCAGUUAACAGGCCUAUCGGAGCGAUAUGGGAGGGUCCCAAGGGUCAAGGGAGGAUAGCAGUGCUAGGAAGUGUCACAGCUUUUGAGGAUAUUUGGCUCGAGAAGGAAGACAACUCUAAGUUGUUGGACUUCUUGCUUCUGUGGCUAACCCGCCAAACUUCUAUAGAGGUGGAAAAGCUGAGCUCUGAAGAAUUAGAAACCGGUGAUGUGGAGCACGUGCCAAGCAUAGGUGCUUUGGCGUCUUCAUUGCGGUGUUGCCUGCAGGAAGCAGAGGAGUUACCGAAGGACUUUACAAGACUUGUUGACGACAAACUUUUCGAGUAUCACACAAAUUUGACACCUGAGGUUGUCAAGUUAUACAAAAAACUCGGCGUCAAGCAUACCCCGUUGACCUUAAUCGCUCCACAGUUUGAAAUGCCGACACCACCUUUACAACCUGCUGUGUUUGCACCGGCCUUGAGAGAAUUGCCGCCACCUGCACUUGACCUGUUUGAUCUGGAUGAGUGCCUUGCUUCGCCAGCCAGUCACCUCGCUCAGCUCACAAAUAAGUGUAAAGGUGCCGAUAAGGAGGACCUUAACUACUACAUUACAAAAGGGGCUUCUUAUGUUGGCUUGACACCGGAGAUCGUAGGAGUUGCGGCUGAAUCCGGCUCGAGGGAAGCAGGCAUGGCCUAUUUGUCAUUCUUGUUUAAGGAAAUAGUGAGCAUGAAGAGGCGGAGAACAGGUUCUGACCCUUGUCAUUCGGAAAAUAUUGAGGAGUAGGUUUAUGACCUGACCGGAACAUUUUACCCGAGGUAAUUUGUAGAGUAAGUUUCUUUCUACGGUAGCUCAACAUUGUGAAUUAGAAGAAGCCACAUGAGAGAAUCACCUGAAUCGGUAUCAGAUUUCAGUAGGACCCUUGUCUUUAUUUCGACGGCAUGACAUCAAUUCAGCCUCAGAUCGAAUCAGAGGAUGGCGGGUAUGGAUCAAGCCCCUGUCGAUGUACGAAGCGAAUUUCGAUAAUGACUAGGAUGGUUGCGCGGAUCGACUUACAGUUGGGCUGUUUGAGUCUGUCAAUCUGGAAUCCAAAUGCUCGAUUCACUUUUUGACCUCACGCGCUUCGUCAUACACUACAUAACUACCGCAAACAUGGAAUGACGAGGUCAGUUUCGACCACCUGAACGUCUCACGAGUUUUCUGUCCAUAACUUGGCAGCCAGUGAUGUGCAUAGUCCACACAAGCAAGCUCUGGAAUCAGUCCCAGUCUUUUUGUUGAGCCUGUAGAAGAAACAAACCGAACCAAAUGUCACAUCCGCAGGCUCCAAGUGCCUUACAAACCGCUGCGAGUUUGUCAUCACUCUGUGUGAUGAAUGUGAGCCGAACAGAAUAAUGAAGCCCGCGAAGGCCAUGAGAGAAUCAGUUCAUAUUUUAAGCUGCGACUCAGGGAGAGAAACACAGAGAGCUGACCAUGAUGGAGGCUGAGUGGAAGUGAAGAGUCGGACGUCCGAAUGCGAGUGGGUUGGGUUGGGUCGGUCGGCCGGCCAGCCAUGCCACGCCCACCCACUCCCGACGCAGCUUUGUCGAGUGAUCAUGCCCCACUGCCCGAGAGACCGACGGUUGCCUUCUUCUUCUUCUGUUGACACAAAUCAUCUACAGAGAUGGGAGUGUUGUGGCCUGUCUCGUCACAUGCAGUGAGUCCUGUCGGUUGCAUAAAAUAAUGCCGGCACUACCAGAUGACAAGCCUCAGAGCAGGACGAGGUACUUUGCCGGAGUCGUUUGCCUGCCACUGAUGCCAGAUUCUCUCCUCAAAGGAAGAAGAUGCGCUUCCUCAGUACGAAACCUCGCUCGCUCCCUCACUCACUCACUCACUCGUGCUCUGCUUCGAACGCCGUGAACCUUUGUGACACGCACGCAGGCACAAAGGCUCGCAAGGAGGCAUUAUCCCCAUCGCCAUCGCCAUCCCCGCCACUGGAAAUCGCCAAACCUCUAAUCAACAAUGGCAAAGCGUCUGUCAGCAGCCAGCACGUAAUCGGAUGUCAUAACAAAGGGCUUCCCUUCUUUCCGGGAAAGUCAUCCAUCUUUGAUCCGGCCUGAGCGGAACGGAAGGAAGGAAGGAAGGAAGCUGUGAGCCGAGCGGGAGUCAAGACUCGAGCCUCGAGACUGAUCCGGAACCAUGUGCAGGUGCAGGUGCAGGUGCCAGAAGGUGGCAACUUCGGAGUGAAGUUUGAAGUCUGAAGUCUGGUGAUGGCACUGCUGAUGUAACGAGCCCUCGCAUCAUGAAAAGUGGGGGCCGCUUGAGGCCGGAGGCCGGAGGCCGAGCUCGGCGAGAGCAGGGGGUGGCAGUCGGCGCCAAGGGGAACAACGGUGAAGACGGGAGGAGGAGGAGGAGGCGGAUUGAUGAAGCUGCAAUCAUGUGAGGCCCGGCUGAGCUGAGCUGAGCUGAGCUGAGCUGGAGGGGGCCGUCUGGUCAAGAGGUUGAUACGAGUUUGUACAAAGCAGGCGCCAUUCCAGAGUCGUCAGUUGUUGCUGUUGCUGUUGCUGUUGCGACGAAGCAAGUACAAGUUGGACUCCGAGAGAUUCUUGUCAGAGAUGUUCUGCGAAUGCUCAUCAAUUGAGGAAUAAGUUGGUACAGAACUGAAUGAAUUUCUGAUGUGAUGUGAUGUGCCCCGCGAUGCAUCCGGUGCAAGUUGCAACGCCCUUGGGAGACAUACCUGUCGCGCGAGCUCCAUGGAACCCCAGCCCAGCCCAGCCCCGCCCCGCCCCGCCAGGCCGGGCCAGCCCAAGGACCAGCCUCUGAAUGUACGAGACGGAAAGAGAAACUCAUCGAUCCAAACGACUGCGCCUACCGUAUCGUCCUCUCAUGGACUCACUGACCGUCUCGUCUGUCACAGGGCUCCCUUCUCUUGUCAGACGACCUUCCACUCAAACACGAAUGCGUAGCAGGCCUUCCGGAGUCCGGCCUUGGCUUACCUUGGCAUGGCAUGGCAUGGAGCUCUUCUGUGAUAAAUCAUGUGCAUCAGUGUGCUUAGUACUUGGGGAAGCUGCCUCACAGACGAACUCACAUAUACCCACUCCCUAAAAUAUUACGGGACCUAGGACUGCAUUGUUUGUCAAGCUCGUUUGUAUGAACUCCUUAUGUGCUGGACUUUGGAGGUAAUGUAGAGCCGAGACCGACGUCCUGUGUAGUGAGUGGUGCAGUUGGAGAAGUCUUCGCGUUCCUCAAGAGAGACAUGACAUUUUUCCGUAGCUGUGCUCUCGUUCUUUACAAUUGCCGGGGGCUAUUUGAGCAGGGGGCCCACAAUUGCUUAUGAGGCAGCGGAUCGGGAAAUUCAGGGGAGAGAGGCAGGCAGGCAGUCAGGCAGACAGAAAGAGACAGAAAGAGACAUCAGGGGAUUGGGGAUUGGGUAUUGUAUACGCCGAUUUAGCUGUUUAUUUAUAUGCCUUCUGACUUCAGAAGCCAGGAUAUUAGGACAAGAGAGUUUAAUUUAGCUCAUAAUUUGUCUGAAGUUUUCUGUCAUCUGUGAGCACCUGACUGACAAAGCUCGAGUAGUGUAGAGCUUCCGUUGAACUCGAGUGGUGAGACUUCUCGGGAAGCAUAGCACUUGCUCUUCUGAUGCGCACGCACCCAUAGCAAUUGUCAUGACGCCGACACUGGAAACUUGGGGUUGCUCGAAGCGUCUCCCUCGUCGUCGUCUGUGAUCGAGAAACAUCUGACCCUGAGAGUCGUCUAGAAGCAAUAGGCUCUCUUCCAGCAGACCGGACCAGACCAGACCAGACCCUGCACAUUCGCAGCCUCGAAAAUCACAGAUCCAGAUACAGUUCGGAUAUUCUUUCUGUUCAAUAUAUUUCGUUCUUGCAGUCAGCGCCCUUUUCGAAUUCCUGCGUGAGAAAAACAUCCAUCAGACACGUCUGGGCGCUCUGAACUCAUCAGCUUCUGAGAUCCGAGUCACGCAGCAAAGCGAUGCAUCAGCCCAGGAACUUCAGAUCCUGAGCUUUCGUGUACUACUACGCGUCCCUUCACAUGCACCCGGAGCUUUCAAAGGCCAUCGAGUGAAGCGCAGCUAUCCAAGUAAAGCGCGAGCGAGUAGGCAGAGCCCUGACGAUUCGAUCGCUUUCAGAGCUGAGCCAAGGUCAGACACACUUGAAUCUAUCGAGCGAAUGAUGCGUGCUCCGCCACAGUCGCUUCCGCCAUUCCAUGGACCAAUAGCCAAAUCCAAAAUCGACAGUGCUACAAAGAUAGCCCCCCUCUUUGUCUCUCUGUCUCACUGCUCUCUCUCUCUCUCUCUCUCUCCCUUCUAAAAAUCCAUUCAGGUUCUGGGACUCGGUCGACUUAGGACCGUGUCACGCAAGAUUCCGAAACAGCCUUGACUACUGGAGCACC